AAACCAGAGAGAAGAAACCAUACUUUCUCUUUCUCAAUUUUCAUUCAAUUUCUUCCUUCCUUUUUAUAGAGGAAGGCUACACAUAAAAUCAUAAUAUCUUUUUACCUAAUACAAUAAUUAUUAACUACCUAAAACUUUGACUAAGAUGAUGAAGUUUGCCGCCAUUUCUUGUAACCUGUGUGCAGCUCCAUGCUGCUGUCACUUUGCUGCUACUGUGCAGUCAUGUUGCAGCAUCAUUCAGCAGCUCGCAUUUGAUUUCAUUUUCAGCUUUCAUGCCAUAGCUCCAACAAUCUUCGAAUCCCAUUUUAUAGAGCAUCACUUGGUUACGUAACGAGGUUAAAAAAAAAAAUACAGAAAGAAAAUGGCUCUUAAUGGACAAGAAUUUUCUGCAAUAGUAAACAGAAUUCAAGCAGAUGUCCGUGAUAGAAUGGUUGGCUUUGCCAAGGAAAAGGCAUAUCCUAUUCUAAUAAGCAUUGCUUCCAUAUGGGGUUGGAGCUUCUCUUUGCAAAGGCUGAAGUUUUGAUGCUGGAUUUCUAAUGUUUUAGUGUACAUUAUGUCAUUGUUUCUGGACAUAGUCUAUUGAACUGGUAGUAGCUUAAAAAAGGUGCUGCUCAGUAUAUUUGUGAUUCUUCUGGUAAUAGAAUUCACAAUUUACC